UUGCCUUCCUCAAUAAGAAAGUUCCCAGGCCGCAUAAAUACAGUUUCUACAAAGAUCAACAAUAAUAAUAUAAUACUCCUCCGUACUAGUAAUAAUAAUAGUAACUUGUAAUGAAACAAUUAAUGUGAUGGGAUCCAGAACAACGUAAUUGCUUACAUAACUCGGCAGCAUCGCCAUAUUUUCUCCGCCCAACAUCUGAAUAUUUUAUCACCUAAUAAUCCAUUCCAGACUCCAUGACGGCGACCACCAAAACCCUCUCCGUCCUCCGCCGCUGCACCGUUGCUCCAGCCAGCGACGCGGCGGAGCAGCGCCUCCCUCUCACUUACUUCGACAUGCUCUGGCUCUACUUCCACCCUAUCGAGCGCCUCUUCUUCUACAAACACCCUUGCUCCGCCGCCGAUUUAACAGAAACCAUCGCCCCACACCUCCUGAGCUCCCUCUCCCAAACGCUCCGCCACUACCUCCCUCUCGCCGGCAACUUAUUCCACCCCCUCGAUUCCGGCAUGCCGGAUCUGCGCUACUUCUCCGGCGAUUUAGUCGCUGUCACUUUUGCUGAAUCGAAUGGAGAUCCUGCUGAUUUUGAUUAUCUCUCCGGAAAUCAGCCGCGGGAAGCGGAUGAUUUCCACCUCUUCGUGCCUAAGCUGCCGGAAUCCGUUACUGAUUCCGAAUCCGGAUGUAGAAAAUUUCCUUUACUUGCUAUCCAAGUCACGCAUUUUCCGGAGAUCGGGAUAGUUAUCGGCGUAACUAACCACCACGUCGCCGGAGAUGCGAGCUCCAUCGUCGGAUUCCUCAAAGCGUGGAGCUCAACAGCGAAACUCGGCGGAGAAGCCGAAUUCGCUCCUCCGUUUUACGACCGAUCGGUGCUUAAAGAUCCGACGGGGAGAAGGGAGAUAUAUUGGAACCAAAUGCAAUCGUUAAAGUUCGGCGAAUCAAAGCCAGGAGGAAUCCUCCCUACCAAUAAAGUCAGAGCAACGUUCAUUUUGCAGAAAACCGACAUCGAGAAGCUGAAGAAGGUGGUGAUGGAGAGGGAACCGGAUUCCAAUUCCAUCCACAUCUCGUCGUUCACGGUGACGAUAGCCUAUUUCUGGUCGUGCGUCGACCGAUCCACGGCGGAGGCAGGGGAGGAGGAGAUCGGCGACGAAGAUGCCGAAUUCUUCGGAUUCGCGGUGGACGCGCGGAGCAGGACAGAUCCGCCGCAGCCGGCGGCGUAUUUCGGUAACUGCGUGGGGUUCGUGGUGGCGGAGUCGAGGCAUGGGGUGAUAAGAGGGGAGGAGGGGUUCCAGGCGGCGGCGAAGGUGGUGGGGGAGGUGAUUAGGGAUAAGGUGAAUAAGAAGGGGGAGCUGCUGAGCGACGCGGACGAGUGGCUGGUGAAAUUCGCGCCGGUGUUGAGGAGUCGGGCGUUCGGGGUGGCGGGAUCGCCCAAGUUCGACGUGUACGGCGUGGAUUUCGGGUGGGGGAAGGCGGUCAAGUAUGAGGCAGUGUCCAUUGAUGGGGAUCCCAAUCUCUCCCUCUCGCUCUGCAGAUCUAGGGAUUUUGAGAGAGGCCUCGAAUUGGGGAUUUCGAUGUCCAAGAGAGCCGUGGAUGCCUUUGCAACUGCCUUCUAUCAUGGAUUGAAGGCCCUGUAGUUGGUUUUUUUUUUUUUUUUUUUUAGUAGUAGUAGUUCUCCGAGGAAUUUCAACCAAAUCUUCUACUACUCUACUACCAUUGUUUACUUUAAAAUGUUUACUGAGAAUUAUAUAUCUGUGUGUUUUUUUAUUGAUGUAAAAUUUCUUAUAAAUUGAUUAAGCAACAUAAAUUUGCCACA